AUGACAGACAUCUACAUAGCUGGUGCUAUCGCAGCAUUUACUGUAGACGUCUUAGUCUACCCUCUUGAUACUAUCAAGACCCGUAUCCAGAGUCAAGAUUAUAUCAAGACAUACUCGGAGACUUCUCGAAAGAACAUAUGGGCUUUAAGAGGCCUCUAUCAAGGCAUUGGAAGUGUGGUAUUAGCUACACUCCCUGCAGCCGGCUUAUUCUUCUCGACAUAUGAGAGCGCAAAACAAGUCAUUGGGAAUGCGACACCGUUACCACAGCCUUUGGUCCAUUCAGCGGCUUCAGGGUUCGCAGAGAUGGCAUCCUGCUUGGUUCUCGCACCAGCAGAGGUGAUCAAACAGAAUGCUCAAAUGUUACAGAACGAAAGUCAUGGGGCCGCAAAAUCUGGGUCAUCAACAUCACUGCAAGCGUUCCGUCAGCUGGCCGGCGAUGGUGCAUCUCGACGUCUGUUCACUGGCUACACAGCACUCGUUGCACGCAACUUGCCCUUCACAGCUCUCCAAUUUCCAAUCUUUGAGCACGUACGUGCAACGUAUUGGGGUUCCCGAGAAUCCGGCACUCCAGAUCCUGGAUUAAUUGAAACGGGGCUGGUGACUGGGUUAAGCGCCGGAAGCGCAGGAUCAGUUGCAGCGUUCAUAACAACGCCAAGCGAUGUUGUUAAGACGAGGAUGAUGUUGAGUGCUGGUAACCAAAAUGAAAGUUCAACGCAAAGUCAAGGCGAGGUUGCUGCCAAGAUGGAGGGCAAACGUCCAAAGAAGGGAGCGUGGACCGUAACGAAGGAGGUCUACCAAGAGAGAGGAGUACGUGGGUUCUUCCGCGGUGCGGCCCUACGAUCAGGAUGGACAAUGAUAGGAAGUGGACUCUAUCUGGGGUCUUAUGAAAUGGCCAAAGUCUGGCUGAGGAGGGGGAAGCCAGAUGCUGAGAAUGACGAAGCUGCGUUGUGA